UUUACUCUGUUUCUCUAACCUAUUAAACUGCUUUGAUAAGGAGAGGAAAAUAGUAACGAAACGCAACGGACCCUUUGUUUUUUUGAAGCUGAUCGAUAACAUUGUUGUUUUGCCAUUGGUUGCAGUGAGAGUAAGAGUGGCGGCGACCGUCUGGCGACGCCGCGGAUGUCGCUGCUCGGCAAACCGCUCAGCUACCGCGCCACGCGACGCGACGCGCGCUACCGCCGCCUACAGUCCAAGUUCUACAAUUUUCUAGAACGGCCGCGGGGGUUCAAAGCUGUCCUCUAUCAUAUGAUUGUGUUCCUGAUGGUGUUUAUGUGUCUGUCGCUAUCCGUUUUUUCCACGAUCGAAGAGUACGAGGCCAAAGCGGGGAUCGUUCUGUUCUACAUGGAGACCGUCGUCGUCAUCUGGUUUGCCAUCGAGUUCUUUCUAAGAUUAUGGUCGUCAGGAUGCAGGUCAAGAUAUCAAGGCUCAAUAGGCCGCCUAAAGUUUUUGAGGCGGCCUUUCUGCAUAAUAGAUGUAACAACGAUCCUUGCGUCGCUGGUAGUGCUGGGUAUGGGUUCGUCAGGCCAGGUAUUCGCAGCAUCAGCUCUACGCGGACUGCGCUUCUUCCAGAUCCUGCGCAUGGUGCGCAUGGACCGACGCGGCGGCACUUGGAAACUGUUGGGAUCGGUCGUUUAUGCACAUCGCCAGGAACUAAUAACGACAUUGUAUAUAGGAUUCCUUGGGUUAAUCUUCGCGUCAUUCUUAGUUUACUUGGCAGAGAAAGAUGUUGCCGAUACAAAGUUUAAAAAUUUCGCUGAAGCUCUGUGGUGGGGAGUAAUCACGCUGUGCACAGUGGGAUAUGGCGACAUGGUGCCACAAACGUGGCAGGGGAAAUUCAUCGCAUCCUUUUGUGCCCUCCUAGGGAUAUCGUUCUUCGCGCUUCCUGCUGGUAUACUAGGUUCGGGUUUUGCCUUAAAAGUGCAACAGCAACAAAGACAAAAACAUAUGAUAAGGAGAAGACAGCCAGCUGCCACACUAAUACAAGCUCUGUGGAGAUGUUACGCCGCAGACGAACAUUCGAUGAGUGUGGCUACAUGGAAAAUCCAUCAAGUUCCUCUUCCAAGUCCACAAACCAGCAGAGUGAUGAGUGCGUCAUUCAAGAACAAUGCAUCUUUUGUAUCGCGGCUGCCGACGAUCCGACGACACAAGAGUACCUCCCUACACUCCCCUGCGCCGCACUCGAAGCCGGCAGUACACCGUUACGACGUCAACGCUAGCGCUGAAAACCUCGAUGAGGAUGAAGAGCCACGUUGUGUUACACUAACAGCACGGCACAAAGCAGCCAUUCGCUUUAUAAGAAAGAUGAAGUAUUUUGUGGCCCGGCGUAAGUUUAAAGAAGCGCUAAAACCGUACGACGUAAAGGACGUAAUAGAGCAAUAUUCCGCGGGCCACGUGGACCUGCUGGGCCGAGUGAAAAACGUCCAGACUAGGUUAGAUCAAAUACUCGGUAAGCAAGGGUCGAAAGCUAAAGACGUCUACGCAUCCAAAAUCAGCCUAGCUUCCAGAGUAGUUAAAAUUGAAAGACAAGUAGAUGAUAUAGAAAGUAAGUUGGAUCAUUUAUUAGAGUUAUAUGAAGAAGAUAGAAGAACGACAAGAAGAAUAGCAGGAGUUAGUAGUACAGAUGGUAGUAAUACUGGUGAAGGUGGUGCUUUAGCACUGCGCGUGCGUCCUGCACUGUCUGACAAACAGUGUUCGGAGCCAAACUCACCCGUGUCACGCACUUUCGAGCCGCCAGCUCCUACCUCCGCGCCUCCGCUGCCGCACAAGCGACCUAUGAACAGAGGAUAUUCUGAUCUUGGCACAAGAUUCAUGCGGAAAAAAGUCAUAGUCAAAACAUCAGCUAGUCGGAAUGGUGAAUCGCCGAGGGACGACGAAGUAGUAAUAGUGGUUCCAACUGACCGCGAAGAUACGCCGCCGAGACUCGUAACCGACAGCUCAGAGGUUUGCGCGAGCUGCUCCGUAGACGUAGAAACAGAAGCUGAAGGCGGUGGUUCGCGUUCAGGCAGUACAGGUUCCGCUUCGUGGUGUGAAGGUGCGGAGGAACGAGGCUACGGGUCAGGUGAUGGCGACUCGUUAGCCGAGGACGCGGCGUUGCUAGGCGACGCUGCACAACCUGCGCGAUUAGUGCGCGCGCAACGCAGAGAUGUCGCUGUUGACCUACACCUGCUACACCCGGAUGCGUGAGACCGGCGCCAGGGCACGCCUACAAAACACAUUAAUGAGUCAGCCGUAUAGCACAAUGUGUGGAUUUCAAAGUAAAACAUUAUAAUCAGAUAUUUACUUAUAUUUGCGAAAGUUUCUUAUCAACAACGCUAGUAGGCCGCGGCGCUUAUUCACUACGCCACCGAGCUACUCAACAAUUCUUUUUAUUGGUAAAAUCAAAAGAAUUUUAGUAGAUUUUAAAGUUUCACUUUGAAAUUCCUUUAAUUGCAUAUGUUAUAAUGUUGAUAUGCGUGUUUGUAGGCAGGGCUGUCUCCCUUAUUCUUACUAAAAUUACCCAAUGAUUACCAACUACUCAAUACUGUAUACCUACUGACAUUCUGUUUACAAAUGUUAAGUCCAAGUAAUAAAUACCACAUUAGAUUUCUUUCCAACAAAGAACUAAGAAAUUUAAAAGAGUUCCAGUACAAUUUAAAACAGGACAAUAUAUAUUCUCCAAUUGAUCUGCCCAAGAAUACGACAUGAUACGAAGAUAAAAUUUAUUAUUAUGAAUUAAUAAAGUAUGUUGAAAAAAAUUUUUUAUGUAAAAUAUGUACAUAUAUGAAUUUCAUAUUAUAUUCAACGAAUUCAUGUGAUAUGAGUGUACCUAUUGAAUUAAUAUAACUUUUAGCAGGUAUACUUCCCAACCAACAGAUCACCACUAACUAAAGUAAUGGAUAAAACAACUGACUUAUUGCAGGUUGAAUUAAAAGUAUUAGUUUAGAUUGUUCCACGGUGAUUUUUAUAACAUAGCGCACAAAACGAAACACAAAAACAACACGACGCUACAAAAUCAUUCACGUUUCUUAAAAUUUAGAUAGGUGCUUUAAAUAAUUUCAUAAGCAAUCAUAGUUUAGUGUGGUUGAGUGAAUUAAAGAGGUUAAAGUGCGACUUUUGCUGCUCCAAUAAGUAGUUAUACAACGAGUUAACCAUUGUAGCUACGACUAUAUAAAGUAAGUGUCAUCAAUUCCAAUCGUUUUAAAUGUAUAAAGACCAAAGACUCGAAAAUAGUUACGUAUAUUGUAAGCUACAAAUAUUGUAUUUUACGCUUAAGUUCUUUAUUGCGUUACUUUACAACAAAGAGGCAACUCUCGCGGUAAUUUGCCUAAAAUUGAAAAGAAAAACUAUGUAAAAAUAUAAAUAUUUCACUUAAAAACAGCAUGUGUAUUUUUGUUUGGAAUAUUUUUGUGAUAUCAUUUACAAUACCUACUUUCGAUGUAAAAAGUAAAAAAGACAAUAAAAACUAUUUUUGCGUUCUAAUCGUUCAUUAAAAAAUUAUUAUAAACUAUUUCAAUAACAAAUACUUUGUUUUCUAAUAAAAUUCGAGUUUUAAUAUGGCCUAAAAAAAUCAGUGGCACUAAUAUAUUUUAAUUAUAUAAACUAUUGCAAAGUGAUGUAUUUGAUAAUGAACACUAUAACAUAAACAUGAAAUUGAUAAGAUUACUACGAGAUUUGCCAUUUUGUCAGUUAGAAAAACUAUAGAUUCAAGAUAUUCGGCAAGAUAUUUGUAGAAUAAGCAUUUUUUAUAAUGGAAUGUCUUGUCCAUUUAUGCUUUUGAUUCACAAAUGAAUUGUAUUUUAUUAGUGAAAUAAGUAAAUAAAUAAGCUGUAAAUAUUUUUAUCAUGAGACGAUUUUAUCUAAUGAUAGAAUGGAUCGAACACGAUAAAUGUACAUCGAAUUAAUCAUAAUCGUUAUUUAAUAUCUUAUCUGGUGUACUUAAAUGAAUCUUUAAUUAUUUUACUUUCCAAAGAAAUACAAAAACCUAGUAUUUACAUUAAUAUAAACAUAUUUAAUUUGUUAAAAUAUAUCCGAUUUGAAAAUUAUUUGGUUCUUAUAACAGUAACAAUAGUACAUUUUCAUAAAUCAUUAGUAAAAAUUCCCUGAUAUAUUAGUAUACCUAUAACGCUAAUUAAUAUAUGCCACCAUGUUUAAAUAAACCUAAUUUUCAAGGAUCAUAUAAUAUUUUAAUAUUAACAUUUCAAAUCUUGAAUUUCAGUAAUAUUAUAAACUAAGGAUAUGCCGGUAUAAAUGAUGUUCUUUAUUUGUACAUGUACACUUAUCGUGUUUAUACCUACUAUGAUAUGAGAAUAAAUUAUAUAUGUACAUCAUAUAUUUAAGUAGGUAUUAAGGAGAGUUAUCUUGUCCGAAAUUAAUCAACAGUACUUACCUACUUCGCAAGUCGUGUGAAAUUUCAACCAGUUUGGUUAGAAAUUUGUACUAGGUACUUUAUUUAAGUUGUUAACUAAGUAUUUCAAUUUAUUAGCUAUAUUAAACAAUUUUCUAAAGAUCUGUGAUAGAAAUUCUGUUUUAUAACUAUAAUUGAUGGCAUCUAUGUUUUUGUAUGUCUAUCUGUUUGAAUUUUAACAUCAUGAAAGUGUUACUUUGUACCUUAUUUCGUUACUGUACUACGAGUAUAUAUUGAACCAAUUUUUCAAAAUAUUUCGACACGUCUUACAUAAAUAAAAGCAGGGUAAAUAUUUGCCUGACGUUCGGAUAAACUAUCUCUAAGAUUUUAACAUUAUUAAUAAAUUAAACAUAAAAAAAUAUAAGGGCACACUAUCAAAUAGACAACUAAUUGUACUACCAACAACAACAACUCACGCAGAUAUUCUCCUGUAUAAAGAUAAAUAGUGAUUUAUCUUAUUGAAAAUUUACCUAAUCUAAUAGAGUUCUUACAAAUAUACAUACUAACGUGACUUUGAUGCAAAGGAACCAAACAUUGGCCUUAAAGUAUAAUUUUUUUUAGCGGCCUUUAGCCAAUUCAAUAAAUAAUACCUACAUACAAUGGGACCUACUGUUGCCUAUUAGAUUUUUUAUUAUAAUUGUGCAUUUAAGAACCUAGUCAAUUAAGAUUUCUCACCAGUCCCGCAGAAGUUAAAGUAAGUUUUUCUUUUUCAAAAAGAAAUUAUUUUAACUGUCUUUUCUGUGGUGUGAGAACAUUAAUAAUUCUAUGAUUAAAGUGUUAAUAAUUAUAAAAUUUUAAGUUCUCCGAUAUUAAUAUAUAGAAUUACGUACUUGCUAAUGAAGCUCAGUUAGACAUGAACGCGAAGUCGACUUAUAAAAAAUUUUACUAGUAUUUAAUAUUUAAUGUCUUAUUCGUUACCUAAUUCAUCACAUCAUUUUAAGAUAGAUAAAAUAAUAUCUGCCUAUAUAUUUUGAAAAACUACCGACCUCUUUACCACACAAAAAGACGAACUAAUAAAAAAAAUACAGGCAUAUUUAAUAUUUACAUAGAUAUAUUUAAGUAAUCGGCAAUUAUUUUCAAAAAUACAUUUUUUGAAAAUAAUUUUAUUAAUUCUUUGUAAGAUUAUUUUCCAUAAUAUAGUAGUGGUACACAUGUUAUGUUUAUAAUAUUUUGAAUUCAAAUUAAGCCUAUCCUGAAUUUAACAGAUAUAAGCUCGAUAAUUUUGAAAACAAUACAGAGUAACAGGUAAAGGUUUCAGUUUGAAAGUAUUUUGCCUCCGAUUCUAUUUUUAGCAUUCAAAAUAUAGUUUAUUGUAAAAAGUAGACGAACAGAUGAAUUUUAUUGCGUUGAGUAUAAAUUUAUUUAUGUUAUUAGUAUAAGUUGAUUGAUGAUUCCUUAUGUAUGUUGUUAUAAAUUUGAAAUAAUGAUUAAAAUAUUUAAUAGCCUGCGUCUCUACUUUUAAUUGUACUUAUUUAUUUCUACAUAUUUACCUUGUUGCCUCCAGAAGCACGGAAAAGAUAGAAACAAUAAAUCUUUGGUGACGCAUCCUAUGACCAAUUCCCUCUUCCGCUCAGGGCACAAUGGGCGCGUGCCCGGG